AAUAAUGUGGAAGUUCUAAUGCUUUGCUAACAUUUGGAAAUACCAAUGUUUCUUGUGCAAAGGCAUCACCGUCUUCUUGGAUUUUAUAUACAACACAAGAACAUGUCCUGAUUCUCUAUAUCAAUUAGGCUUUUGGAUGGAGCAGAAAUAACUAGAACUUUGUGAAACAAGGAGAAAGCAGAGAAGAAGAGAUCAUGGGAAGCCAGAAAAACACAACAUCAACAACAAGUAGUCCAAGGAAAACCAGCCCAAGAACACUUCAUGACCUAUUUGAGCAGGAAAAGCCUCUUUUCCCCAUCCCAUCUUCUCCCACCACUUCAGCAAAUGAAGAACUUCUCUCUGCUGUUCACUAUUGCACCUUUGUUUUCACCUUCACUGAUCCUACAGAGUCCCCUGCACAAAGAGACUCCAAGAGGCACCAACUUUCAAGGCUCAUGACCAUGUUGAAGUCCUUCAAGAAGCCAAUGCAUGAGAGGUCACAGGUUUUGGGACCUUUGGUGGCGAUGAUCUCAGCCAACCUCUUCAGGCCACUCCCUCCACCUCUCAAUCCUGCUUCUUGCAUCUCAGAUUUGCUUGAUGAAGAAGACCCCAUCUCCACAUUUUCACCUUCAUGGUCUCAUCUCCAACUAGUCUAUGAAAUCCUUCUCAGGCUUGUUAGCUGUGCAGACCCCAAAACACUAAGAGAGCACAUAGAUCACUCUUUUCUCCUCAAUCUGCUAACACUUUUCCAAUCUGAAGAUCCAAGGGAACGUGAGAGUUUGAAAAAUGUGUACCACAAGAUGUAUUCCAAGUUCAUCUCUGACCGUUCCAUGAUGAGGAAAUCAAUGACUGAUGUGCUCUUGAACUAUGUGUUUGAGACAGAGAAGCAUCCUGGUAUUGCAGAUUUGCUUGAGAUAUGGGGAACCAUAAUCAAUGGCUUCACUGUGCCAUUGAAGGAAGAACACAAGUUGUUCCUCAUGAGAGUGCUGAUUCCUCUGCACAAGACGAAGGGGAUGCAAGUGUACCAUAAGCAACUUGCUUACUGUGUGUCACAGUUUGUGCAGAAGGAGCCUAUGCUUGGAGGAGUCAUUGUUAGAGGGAUUUUGAAGUACUGGCCUGUCACAAACUGUCAAAAAGAAAUCUUGCUAAUUGGGAUGCUGGAAGAUCUUGUGGAGAAUUUGGAUCCUGAUCAAUAUAGAAAGUUGGCCUUGCCCAUAUGUACUCAAAUUACAAAAUGCAUAAACAGUUGGAAUUCUCAGGUGGCAGAACGUGCACUGUAUGUAUGGAACAAUGAGCAGUUCUUCAAAAUGGCAUCAACCGGAACAGUGGAAGUGUUUCCUAUCAUAAUUGAAGGAAUGGAAAAGAAUCUAAAGUGGCAUUGGAGUAAGAGUGUUAGACAACUAACAGAAAGUGUGAAGGUGAUGCUGAAAGACAUGGAUCCAGAUCUGUAUGCAAAAGUUGUGAUGGACAUGCAAACCAAAGAAUCAGUGGCACACAAGCAAGAUGUGGAGAGAAAAAAGAAAUGGGAGAGAAUAGAAUUGGCGGCUGCUAAGAGCCAGUUUCUUAAUCCACAACUAGGGGUGGGAAUAGGCCAGGCCGUUCGUAGGGGCCUAUGGCCUAGCCUACCACAGGCCCAGGCCAGGCCAGACCAAAUUGGUAAAUAGCCAAGGCUUAGGCUUUUUGAAAAGCCUAUUUAGUUAAAAAGGCCAGGCUCAGGCCAUUCAACAAGCCUUGUAAGCCUUACAGGCUAGCCUAUUUAAGUAAAUAUGAUUAGUAUUUUUUGGUAAAUUGUAAAUAUGAUAAGUAUAAAUAUAUUUUACCCUUGAUGAUGUCUAUAUAUUAAAAAUUUAUAA